AGCGCAUCAGGGGGACGUACGUCUCGUUUUCUGUCGUUCACUUUGACAUGAUCUUCGCGGAAAGAGACGAUAAGAGAAGAUGAAGAGAGGCGAUGAAUUAUGGAACAAUUAGUCGUAGUGAUAAGUCAAUGAAGAUUUGAGGCUGACCGAAAAUCAACGAAACAGUGACAAAUGAAAGAUAAAGAUCAGGAUGAAGAUAAAAACGCGGAUAAUAUAACUAAGAAAGAGCAGAGUACAAACCAAAACAUCAAAAAAAGCAAAGAAGAAUAAGGAACAAACCGAUAGAAAAGGAAGAAGAAACCCCAAGAAGAACCAAAGAAAGGAAAGGACGAAUCAGCUGGACAUAGCAACUGGAUGACCUCCUUUGACCUGAGUCCGCACCAUGCAACCGCCCCUGGUCAUUCUCCUGAUCUCAGCGUUCAUGCAUGGCACUGUGACCUCGUCUGCGGCUGGAGGAAUGACCGAUGACCUCAUAGACUGCCGCAUCUACACCCUGGGCGUCGAGGGCGCGUCGAACAAGACGCCCGCCAUCCCCUUCAGGCAGCACAUGACCGUCAGCUUCUUCAACCCGGGCGAGGGGGACAGCCGCGUGCAGACGACCAUCCACCUCGUUGAUUCGAGCAAUGCGACCGGGUCUGUCACCAUCUACAUCAACAGAGAUGCUGAAGUUAUUCUCCGGUCUGGCGGCGCUCAGCUCAGCGACCCUCUCAAGCUGCCGCCGGCCCCCUCCUCCUCCUCUCACGGGCCGGGGGGGACGUGGACCUCCCUCGUUGUCAGUUUCCACGAUUUUUGCCUCGUGGUGUACAGGGUGCCACGUCCACGACGGGAGAUCCCCCCUGGUCGGCCGCUGGCUCCCCCUACCCUCUUACCUGAACCUCUUCGUGUCCGCCCGGGGCCAGAACGCCUCGUCGAGCUUGGGUCUGGCCUUCAAGAGCGAAGCCACGGACUACGCCGGACUGAAGAGGGCGGAGCUCGCGGUCGGGAGGUGGCGCGGCCGGGGCGGUCAGGUGGCGCGCGGGGAGUGGCACAAGGUCCACCUAGCGAGGCACGGGGAGAGAUCCGUCAGAAUCAGCUGGGGUGAAGACGAGACGAAAGUCGACGUUCCUCAAGGGCAAGAAGCUGUUCAGUGUUGCCAAUGCCAGCGCGGUGGUCUGGAGUCUCUACUGCUUCCCCGACGUUGGCGAGAGGGCAGGAGGCGUGGCUGAACGACUCCUCCCACGACCCGGACGACCCCCCAGCAAGCCCAGCCGAAGACGAGAACGGAAACGCGGGCGCGGAGGGAAGAGGGCCGAGAAGACGGAGCCGACGAGGGAGAGGCGCGCGAGGAAGGCAGCGUGGGCGAGGGCCAGGUGUGGGCGUGGGUGCUCACGGGGCUGGCCUUCUUCCUGGUCAUGGUCCUGGCACUGGCACUCUGCACGAGGAUGAAGCCGCGGCACGAGGUCACGUCCCACGGCGACUACCUGCCCUCCAUCGGCAUCGUCAGCCACAGGCACAUUCCCGAGACGGGGGGGCGGGAGGCAGAGGAGAUGAGCGAACCAGGCUCACCCACCAUCCCCGUGCCCGUCAUCAACCACAAACUACCAGAAGAGAACGACCACUCGACCAAGAAACUGUGAGAGAAAGACGAAGGAAAAGAAAAUGACGACCACACACGAAGCAGAGAAAGCGAGUGGGAGAAGAAAACGCGAAGAGGAUUAUUCUUAAAAGAGAAGAUAAGGAAGGAGGGAAUAAGAGGAAGUGUGUGAAAAAAAGAAUAGCAAAAGAGGAAGGGAGUAAGAAUCUCAGACGGAAUAGUAAAU